AGUUAGUUGAGUUGGUGUUGGUUCGACCUGCUGAUGUGGAGAAAGGAAAAUUAAACCAAACUGCGUCAACUGUUGAAGUUUUGUCAACAAAAGUCCUGAACAGUUAAACUAAACUGAUGAUGUUAACAGAUUCAGCCAACACAUGAGUUGGUUGUCUCUAUAUGAAACAAUCAGAUGUCCAAUCUUGAUUUAUUUUUAUUUUAACCUCGCAGGUAGACCUAAUAAUAAGACGAGGCCCUGAUAAGGAACUGGAGACAGCAUAUGGAGAGGACAAACAUGUCUGCUGCAAGAAAAGAACUACAGAAGGCCUUGUGCUGCUACACCGCAGAUACCCUCAUCUACAUCGACACAGUGAGAGAGUUCUGUGAGAGGAGCCCUGAAUGGAUGCUUGGGAGGGAGAAAGAGUUUCACAUGAUGGUGGACAUCAAAGAUAGGGCUGACAGCAUCGUCCUAAAAAUCGGCCAUGUUACCCAGUCAGAGAACAAAGGUAAGGCCUUUUUGAAAUAUAUGAAGAGCAAGGUGACUGCAGACAGCAGACGUGCAGAGUUGGAGAAGGAGCUGGCAGCUGUGCUGAAGGACACUCUGGGAGGCCUGCAGAAGCUCCACAGCUUCCUGGAUGCAGUGGAGAAUCUGGCGGUCACCUCACUCCAUGUGUUCAUGGAGGAGAACCUGGCGUUACAUUUGCCAAAAGGGAUCAGCCUCGAACAAGUUCAGGUUGUCAUCACUGCUGCACGGGAAAUCUGCCCUCUCCUCGUCGAGUUUAAAAGAGAUACAAGUGUCUUCUUCCUUCCCAAACUUCAGAAUGUGGAAGUGCUGUCAUAUCAGCUGGACAGAUACAUCCAGACCACCCAGACAAUCUGUGAGAAGUUAGAGAAAAGCUCCUUCAGUGACUUUUGCCUGAAUAUGAACGACGAAACUCUGGUAGACCUCGAUGUGGAUUUGUCUGAAGAUGACUUACAAAGGAUGCUUCAUCACAUUAAUCAGCUUGAUGAAAUCAGGAUGAACCAGAGCUUCCGGACGGUGUUCCUGUUUCAGGAGGAACCAUGUUCUGGCUUCAUCAGUGAGUUCAGCGACCGAAAGCCCAGGAUGCUGCAGUUUCUAGAAAACCUGGAGGAGAAUGCUGUUCAGCUAGACAGGAUGAAUAAGGGGGCAAAGAUCUCCAGUGUGGCAGGCAGCUCGGUAGGGGCAGCUGGAGGUGUGCUUUCCAUCAUUGGUUUGGCAUUAAUUCCUGUAACAGCUGGAGCGUCUCUAAUUCUGACAAUGACUGGGUUGGGGCUGGGAAUUACCAGCGGAGUCAACAGUUUAGUCACCACCGUCACAGAGGUUGUCGUGAACCAUAAACAUAAAGAGAAAGCCAAUGAGACCUUCCAGAGCUUCAUGGAGAAUGUGCAGUGUCUCCAGGAUUGUCUGGAGGAGGUCACCAAAAGGGAAACGAGCCAGAUAGAUGUGGUUGUGGGAAUAGGCAAGUUGUUUGGUAACGUUUGUGCUACUGGGAAGGCUAUCGAUGGAAUUGUUGAUGCUGCCUCAGCUUAUAUUUUAACAACUGAGGAGCUGGCUGUUAGUGCUGGCAGAGUGGCAUUGCAGGAAGGAAAAGCAUUACGUAACGUACCCAGGAUGGCGGCAGAUAUCCCAGAUAUUGGUCAGGCAGCAGCCAAAGCGCCUCUCGCCCUCUCCAACUCAGCAAGAGCCGGUUUCAUCGGGCUCAACGCUCUCUUCAUCGGCAUGGAUGUCUUCUUCAUCUGUAAAGACAGCAUCAGUCUGGCCAAAGGCAGCGAGACUGAAGACUCUCAGUUCAUCAGAGCCAGAGCUGCACUCUGGCGUUCGGAGAUUGACUCAUGGCAGAAGAUCCAUGACUUCCUGUGCAAAGGUCAGCUGACAUCAAAGGAAAACAAAGCUGUCCUGGAGACGCCAUUUUAUCCAGAGAGGGAGAUGAAAAAAGAACUACAGGAGGCCUUGUGCUGCUACACCGCAGAUACCCUCAUCUACAUCGACACAGUGAGAGAGUUCUGUGAGAGGAGCCCUGAAUGGAUGCUUGGGAGGGAGAAAGAGUUGCACAUGAUGGUGGACAUCAAAGAUAGGGCUGACAGCAUCGGCCUAAAAAUCGGCCAUGUUACCCAGUCAGAGAACAAAGGUAAGGCCUUUUUGAAAUAUAUGAAGAGCAAGGUGACCCUGUUGACUGCAGCCAGCAGACGUGCAGAACUGGAGAAGGAGCUGGCUGCUGUGCUGAAGGACACUCUGAGUGGCCUGGAGAAGCUCCACUGCUUCCUGGAUGCAGUGGAGAAUCUGGCGGUCACCUCACUCCAUGUGUUCAUGGAGGAGAACCAGGGGUUACAUUUGCCAGAAGGGAUCAGCCUCGAACAAGUUCAGGUUGUCAUCACUGCUGCACGGAAAAUCUGCCAUCUCCUCCUCAAGUUUAAAAGCGAUACAAGUGUCUUCUUCCUUCCCAAACUUCAGAAUGUGGAAGUGCUGUCAUAUCAGCUGAACAGAUACAUCAAGACCACCCAGAAAAUCUGUGAGAAGUUAGAGAAAAGCUCCUUCAGUGACUUUUGCCUGAAUUUGAACGACGAAACUCUGGUAGACAUCGAUGUGGAUUUGUCUGAAGAUGACAUACAAAGGAUGUUUCAUCACAUUAAUCAGCUUGAUGAAAUCAGGUUGAACCAGAGCUUCCGGACGGUGUUCCUGUUUCAGGAGGAACCAUGUUCUGACUUCAUCAGUGAGUUCAGCGAGCGAAAGCCCAGGAUGCUGCAGUCUCUAGAAGACCUGGAGGAGAAUGCUGUUCAGCUAGACAGGAUGAAUAUGGGGGCAAAGAUCUCCAGUGUGGCAGGCAGCUCGGUGAGGGCAGCUGGAGGUGUGAUUUCCAUCGUUGGUUUGGCAUUAGGUCCUGUAACAGCUGGAGCGUCUCUAGUUCUGACAAUGACUGGUUUGGGGCUGGGAAUUACUAGCAGAGUCAACAGUGCCGUCACCACCGCCACAGAGGUUGGCGUGAACCAUAAACAUCAAAAGAAAGCCAGUGAGACCUUCCAGAGCUUCAUGGAGGAUAUGCAGUGUCUCCAGGAUUGUCUGGAGGAGGUCACCAUUAGGAAAACGAGCCAGAUAGAUGUGGUUGUGGGAGUAGGCAUUGUGCUUGGUAAAGCUGGGUAUGAUAUCCGAAAUCUUGUUCAAAAGGUCUCAGCCUUUAAGAAGUUAAAAACUGAGGAGCUGGCUGUAAGUGCUGGCAGAGGGGCAGUGCAGGAAGAAAAAGCAUUACGUAACGUGCCCAGGGUGGCGGCAGAUAUCCCAGAUAUUGGUCAGGCAGAAGCCAAAGGGCCUCUUGCCCGCUCCAACUCAGUCAGUGUCAGUACCAUCACGUUCAGCGCUCUCUUCCUCGGCAUGGAUGUCUUCUCCAUCUGUAAAGACAGCAUUAGUCUGGGCAAAGGCAGCGAGACUGAAAUCUCUCAGUUCAUCAGAGCCAGAGCUGCACUCUGGCGUUUGGAGAUGGACUCAUGGCAGAAGAUACAUGACUUCCUGUGUGAAGGUCAGCUGACAUCAAAGGAAAACAAAGCUUUCCUGGAGAUGCCAUUUUAUCCAGAGAGGGAGAUGAAGAAACUCGGAGAAACAGAAAUGGAAAUUCCAUUUGAUGAAGUGGAUGAAAAGUGAAAGAGGAAAGUUCUUGUGUAAUACAGUAGUGCUCAGAGACAAUACCAACUCUGACACUCUGAUCAGAUAUGAGAUCCAUUUAAACUUUGCUUACAGCUCACUGUUCAGCAUCAAACAUGAUUAAUAUCUAUCAUAUUUUUAAUCAGCUGUAAUUCUCAUGGCAUAAACCAAUGUAUCGCUAAACCUGCUUCAAAACAUAACGCACUGUCAUUUAGCGCUUUACCUGAUGAUAAAUGUAACUGAAAAAUAUAAUUACUAUUUUAAUUCUAGAGUUGUAAUUACUGUCAUAUAAAAAUAUAAUUAGAGCAAAAAAUGUUAUGCACAAUACAUUCUGUACAAUCUGUAUGAUCUUCAUUAUUAUGUAUGUAUAAUUCAGUCUGCCAUUUCUCUUGCACAAAAAUAAAUACAAUUUUAAAAAGUAAAA